AUGGCUGGUGAAGUCGUUGAUGGCGAGACGCCCGUGAAAGCUGUGACCUUCAAGUCUCUCCACCCUAUUCUUUCCAUUGAUCCUCCGAGAGCUGGCGAAGCCGUUGCGUGGUAUAAGGAUGUCUUCGGCUUUGAGGAGGUGGCAAAGAUUUACGGCAAGAGAAAGGCUGGUCAGGAUGAGCCUCUGAUUGAUCACGCUCAUCUGAAGCUCGGAGAUGUGGAGAUCAAGCUUGCAGAUGACACUGGUCACGGGGCCACCGUUGAGGGUGGCAAGAGGCCUCCAUCGGCAUUGAAGGGAACCACAUUCACCAUUCAAGUCGAGUGCAGUGAUCCAGAUCCCGUUUUUGCCAAGGCUAUUGCCAAGGGAGCAAAGGCCAGUCUGGAAGUGUCUGAACAGGACUGGGGUCGUCGUUAUGGCAAGUUCAUCGACCCUUUCGGUUUUGAGUGGGGCUUGUUGAAGCCUGUCGAGACCAAGGAAGAGGCUAAGGCAGAGGCCGAGAAUGGCGAAAAACCAGCUGAGGCAGAAGCCCCGAAGGAAGCUGCUAAAGAAUGA